AUGAUCACCAGGAAGGACAGAGAGCAGAUUCAGACGUGGAACAAGGAGCAACCGCAACCCCAGCCUCGCCUGGUGCAUAAGGUGAUCGAAGAACAGGUGCUUCUCCAUCCAGAUUCUGAAGCCGUGCAUGCAUGGGAUGGCUCUCUCACAUACCGUGACCUUCAUCGAUAUUCCUCCCAAUUAGCACGGACGUUGCAAAUGGAGUAUCACGUUGGACCCGAGCGGCUGGUACCAGUACUAUUCGAGAAAUCGGUCUGGGCAGUAGUGGCAAUGCUGGGAGUCACGAUGGCCGAGGGUGGAUUCGUUCCUCUGGAUGUCUCCCAUCCGCUGGACCGAAUGAACGACAUUAUUGCGCAGUGCAAGGCAGACUUGGCUCUAGUCUCGUCAGAAACCUCAGGGACCCCUCUCUGUACGGCUUCUAAACUGACGCCAUUUACCUUCGAUAUGUUGACUCCCGGAAGCAAUAUAUCGGGAAGGGCGGCUCAACGGAACGACAGCGAUCUGACCGAAAGUCAUCAUGUCCAGCCGCAAAACGUCUUUUAUGUUAUCUUUACCUCCGGCAGUACUGGAAAACCGAAGGGUGUGGUCAUCCAGCACGAUCAAUUCUGCUCGGGCGUGUUAGGGCCCCGGCAAGAAGCCCUUCUCCGCUCGGAGCAGAGUCGAGAUAUUAUCACUACUCUGUUCUUCGGUGGAUGCGUCUGCAUUCCUUCGGAAAAUCAUCGCAUGAAUGAUAUUGCCGAGUUCAUCAACAAAUCAAGGGCCAACACCGCCCACAUCACGCCAUCCUUCGCGAAUACCCUUUCACCCCAGUUGGUCCCAGGCCUGAAGUACCUGCGUCUCGCUCUCGAGUUGAGGAAUGUCUACGGUCCCACCGAGACCUGCAUCACGGCCACAUGUAGUGGAACGGUUACCACGGCUUCAGACCCUAUUGAUAACGGUAGUGGGGUCGCGGCUCUCACUUGGAUUGUGAAUCCGGAUAACCAUCAUCAACUUACCCCCAUCGGCCUUGUGGGAGAACUGCUCGUAGAGGGCCCUCUAUUAGCCCGGGGGUACCUCGGAGAUGUCAACAAAACAAACGCAUCCUUCAUCAUUGAUCCGACAUGGGCACGUACCCCAGGGAAUUCAAAGAGCCCUCGCCGAUUCUACAAGACGGGCGAUCUUGAACGGUACAGCGAGACAGGAACCCUUCUCUACAUCGGCCGCAAAGACACACAGGUCAAGAUCUAUGGGCAACGGAUCGAAAUAGGUGAAAUUGAGGAUCACCUGAAAAGGGCCCUUCUACCCCAAACGAUUGAGAUGGCCGUCGAGGUGACGGGCCUACAGGCUGAUGCUCUCCAACGCAAACUCCUCGUUGCGUUCCUCUGUCUAGACGAUUCAUUCAACAAGGGUGACGCUGUUCUGAUGUCCUUGACGCCGGCCGUUAAGAAACGAGUCCAGGAGCUUACCUCUAACCUCGUUCUUUGCCUGUCUAAGACGCUCUCAGCCUAUAUGAUUCCUUCACGCUAUGUGCCUCUCCGCUCCAUGCCACGAACACUUGCUGGCAAGGCAGACCGGCGUAAGCUGCAGCACCUCCUCAACUCGAUGAGCACCGAAGACCUAUUGGCAUACUCGCUCGAGGGUGGGGAAAAGCAGCCUUUAGAAUCCGAAACCGAGUUUCAGCUCCAGAAACUCUGGGCCGAAGUUCUGAGCGUUGAUACGAUGAUGAUUGGGAGCCACGACAACUUUUUCCGUCUUGGUGGCGACUUGAUCACGGCCAUAAAGCUUGCGGCCGCGCUCCGUGAUGAAGUCAAUCAACUUACGGCUCACAGGCUGCCUAUGACUUACCGCUAG